AUGUCAGGACGCGGCAAGCAGGGCGGCAAGGCUCGCGCCAAGGCCAAGACCCGCUCCUCCCGGGCCGGCCUGCAGUUCCCCGUGGGCCGCGUGCACCGUCUCCUUCGCAAGGGCAACUACGCGGAGCGGGUGGGCGCCGGAGCCCCGGUGUACCUGGCGGCCGUGCUGGAGUACCUGACGGCUGAGAUCCUGGAGCUGGCGGGCAAUGCGGCCCGCGACAACAAGAAGACGCGCAUCAUCCCGCGCCACCUGCAGCUGGCCAUCCGCAACGACGAGGAGCUCAACAAGCUGCUGGGCCGCGUGACGAUCGCGCAGGGCGGCGUCCUGCCCAACAUCCAGGCGGUGCUGCUGCCCAAGAAGACCGGUCUGGUCGCGGCAAGGGCGGGAAAGGCCUGGGCAAAGGCGGCGCCAAGCGCCACCGCAAGGUCCUGCGCGACAACAUCCAGGGCAUCACCAAGCCCGCCAUCCGCCGCCUGGCCCGGCGCGGAGGAGUCAAGCGCAUCUCCGGCCUCAUCUACGAGGAGACCCGCGGGGUGCUGAAGGUGUUCCUGGAGAACGUGAUCCGCGACGCGGUCACCUACACGGAGCAC